UCUUACCAAGCCGCAGCUUUUAUCAGCAAACGCUGGGGCGGAGGGGAGCGCAUCAGCCAUGCAUUGCAGCAGGCGCAGCCGCGGGAAGAACGGCGGCGGCAAGGACUAGGCGCACCGGCUGCUCCCGCCCGCCUGGAUGCCUCUUGUAGGACGCACAGGAGCCCAGAUCCCUUCGCGCCCGCCUCCAGGAUUAGCGCCGCUGCCAGGAUGGACUGUUGAAAUAGGGAAGAAUCGCAGACCUGGUCAUCCAACCCAGCUGGCCUGCUCACUGGUUUAUUUAUCUAUUACUGGUUAUUUAAAUUGAACUUUUAAUAACCUUCCAGCUGCUCUUCAGAGACACACAUGGUGCAUUGUUGUCAUUCUCAGAAUCGUAUCUUUGAAAUCCAGGCCCUCGGUAACCUUCAUCGGAUAAAGAGGCGACCUAGAGAAUACAUCUGCGGCAGGUCGCUUGAAACCUGCUGCCCUCUAGCUUCAUUGGCUGGUGCUGUUUUUCUAGCACAUCAUGGAGCCCACAAUGGAGUAUUGCUUGGCACAGGUUCUGCAGAAAGAUGUUGGGAAGAGACUUCAGGUUGGCCAAGAACUGAUAGACUAUUUCUCGGAUAAACAAAAAUCUGCUGACCUUGAACAUGAUCAGACCAUGCUGGAUAAAAUGGUUGAUGGUCUUGCUACCUCGUGGGUCAAUUCCAGCAAUUACAAGGUUGUCCUGCUGGGUUUGGACAUCUUAUCUGCGCUGGUGUCACGACUUCAAGAAAGAUUUAAAGCCCAAAUUGGCACAGUGCUGCCCAGUUUAAUUGACAGAUUGGGAGAUGCGAAGGAUUUAGUGCGAGAACAGGAUCAGGCACUGUUGCUCAAAAUCAUGGAGCAGGCUGCUAACCCUCAGUAUGUGUGGGACAGGAUAUUGGGAGGAUUCAAGCACAAGAACUUCCGGACGAGGGAAGGGAUUUGCCUCUGCCUUAUUGCAACGCUCAAUGCAUCUGGAGCUCAGAGUUUAACACUGAGCAAGAUUGUGCCACAUAUAUGUAACUUACUUGGAGAUCCAAAUAGCCAGGUUCGUGAUGCAGCAAUAAAUAGCCUAGUAGAAAUCUACAGACACGUAGGGGAACGUGUAAGGGCCGAUCUCAGCAAAAAGGGAUUGCCACAGUCUCGGCUGAACAUAAUUUUCACAAAAUUUGAUGAGGUCCAGAAAUCAGGAACCAUGAUCCAGUGUUCAGGUGAUAAAAACUUUGAUGAUGAUGACUCUGUGGACGGGAACAGACCUUCUUCGGCCAGCUCCUCUACAUCUUCAAAGGCUCCUUCGACCUCUCGAAAAGGUGGGGUGGGAACUGCUCGCAGAUCUGGAACAGUGGCUCUGGUCUCAAAAACCCCAGUGGCUAAAGAAGGAGCUGGUGCGGUUGAUGAAGAGGAUUUCACUAAAGCUUUUGAAGAUGUCCCUACUGUUCAGAUUUAUUCCAGUCGAGACCUUGAGGAAUCCAUCAACAAAAUCAGAGAAAUCUUGUCAGAUGAUAAACAUGACUGGGAACAGAGAGUAACUGCACUGAAAAAGAUCCGUUCUCUGUUGCUGGCUGGAGCAGCUGAAUAUGAUACCUUCUUCCAACACCUGCGCUUGCUUGAUGGAGCAUUUAAAUUAUCUGCAAAAGACUUGCGGUCUCAGGUAGUGCGAGAGGCUUGUAUCACAUUGGGGCACCUGUCGUCCGUCUUGGGUAACAAGUUUGACCACGGGGCAGAAGCCAUCAUGCCAACCAUCUUUAAUCUCAUUCCCAACAGUGCCAAAGUCAUGGCCACUUCUGGCGUGGUAGCUGUCAGACUGAUUAUCCGACAUACGCACAUCCCUCGACUAAUCCCCAUCAUCACUAGUAACUGUACCUCCAAGUCUGUUGCAGUUAGAAGACGCUGUUUUGAAUUUUUAGAUUUACUUUUACAGGAAUGGCAAACACACUCCCUAGAAAGGCACACAUCAGUAUUGGCAGAAACGAUAAAGAAGGGAAUCCAUGAUGCUGACUCCGAAGCACGGAUAAAAGCCAGAAAGUGUUACUGGGGCUUCCACAACCAUUUCAGUCGAGAAGCAGAACAUUUGUAUAACUCAGUGGAAUCUUCUUACCAGAAGGCUCUACAAUCUCACUUGAAGAACUCUGAUAGCACAGUGUCCCUGCCCCAAUCAGACCGUUCCUCUUCUAGCUCCCAGGAGAGUCUCAACCGUCCACUGUCUGCCAAAAGAAGUCCAACUGGAAGUACUACAUCACGCGCCUCUACUGUGAGUGCAAAAUCAGUGUCAACCUCAGGGUCUCUGCAACGUUCCCGCAGUGACAUCGACGUGAAUGCAGCAGCCAGUGCCAAAUCUAAAGUAACAUCUUCUGGAUCAGAUGCUCCCUUUAGCUCUGCUGCAGCCCUGCCUCCGGGCUCCUAUGCAUCACUAGGUCGGAUCCGUACAAGAAGGCAAAGCUCUGGAAGCGCCACAAGCAUUACCUCAACACCUGCUGACACACGAGGCCGCAGCCGAGCUAAAGUAGUUUCACAAUCCCAGCGAUCCAGAUCAGCUAACCCUGCUGGUGCCGGCAGUAGAUCCAGUUCCCCCGGCAAACUCUUGGGAAGUGCGUACGGUGGACUGAACAGUGGAACGGUCAGGGGACCCCCAGCGCCAUCACCUUCUGACAAACGCAGCAAGGUCCCAAAAAGUCAGGGCUGCAGCCGAGAGACAAGCCCAAACAGGAUAGGUCUAGACCGGUUUGGCCUUGGACAGCCAGGCAGGUUGCCUGCCUCUGUGAGUGCAAUGCGAGUCCUCAGCACAAGCACCGAUCUCGAGGCUGCCGUCGCUGAUGCACUGCUGUUAGGAGACUCCAGGAGCAAGAAAAAGCCGGUGAGACGAAGAUAUGAGCCGUAUGGGAUGUAUUCUGAUGAUGAUGCAAACAGUGAUGCAUCAAGUGCUUGCUCAGAACGUUCCUAUGGGUCCAGAAAUGGAGGCAUCCCACACUACCUGCGACAGACGGAGGAUGUGGCCGAGGUCUUGAACCACUGUGCUAGUUCCAACUGGUCUGAAAGGAAAGAGGGGCUAAUAGGUCUACAGAACUUACUGAAGAGCCAGAGGACAUUGAGCCGGGUUGAGUUGAAGAGGCUAUGUGAAAUCUUCACACGUAUGUUUGCAGACCCUCACAGCAAGAGAGUUUUCAGCAUGUUUCUUGAAACCCUGGUAGACUUCAUCAUUAUUCACAAGGAUGAUUUGCAAGACUGGCUUUUUGUCCUCCUGACACAGUUACUGAAGAAGAUGGGAGCGGACUUGCUGGGAUCAGUACAGGCCAAAGUGCAGAAAGCUCUGGAUGUAACAAGGGAUUCCUUUCCAUUUGAUCAGCAGUUUAAUAUCCUGAUGAGGUUUAUUGUAGAUCAAACCCAAACGCCAAAUCUUAAGGUUAAAGUGGCAAUCCUCAAGUACAUUGAAUCUUUGGCCAGACAAAUGGACCGAACUGAUUUUGUGAAUUCCAGCGAGGCAAAACUUGCUGUUUCUAGGAUUAUCACUUGGACAACAGAACCAAAGAGCUCAGAUGUGAGAAAGGCAGCACAGAUAGUCCUGAUUUCUCUGUUUGAGCUGAAUACUCCUGAGUUUACCAUGUUACUUGGUGCCUUGCCAAAAACAUUCCAGGAUGGUGCUACCAGGCUACUACACAACCACCUCAAGAAUUCCAGUAACACUAGUGUGGGUUCUCCUAGCAAUACAGUGGGUCGAACUUCUUCACGGCAUCCUAGCAGCAGAACCAGCCCAUUAACUUCACCUACCAACUGUUCUCAUGGAGGACUGUCUCCAAGUCGUUUCUGGGGUUGGAGUGCAGAUGGGCUGUCGAAGCACCCCCCUCCCCUUUUUCAGCCUAACUCCAUCCCCGCUGCUCCUCCUCACAAGACUUUCAGGCGCACUUACUCUCCCAGCGUGCUGGAUUAUGAUACGGAGAAUCUAAAUUCUGAUGAGAUCUACAGCUCUCUCCGUGGAGUCACAGAGGCAAUUGAAAAGUUUAGUUUUCGUAGUCAAGAAGAUCUUAAUGAACCAAUCAAACGUGAUGGAAAAAAGGACUGUGAUAUUGUCUCUCGAGAUGGUGGGAUAGCCUCAACAGCCAUUGAUGUCCGUGGAAACAGCGAUGUAGUGGAAGGGGGAAGGAUGGCUCUGGACAACAAAACUUCUUUACUCAACACCCAGCCCCCACGUGCCUUUUCAGGACCCCGAACCCGGGAGUAUAACCCCUACCCAUACUCCGACACUAUCAGCGCCUACGACAAGAGUGCUCUUAAGGAAGCUGUGUUUGAUGAUGAUAUCGACCAGCUUCGGGAUGUGCCCAUUGAUCAUUCUGAUUUGGUGGCUGAUCUUUUGAAAGAGCUAUCCAAUCACAAUGAACGGGUGGAAGAACGGAAAGGAGCUCUUCUCGAGUUACUGAAGAUCACAAGGGAAGAUAACCUGGGAGUCUGGGAAGAACAUUUCAAGACCAUUUUGCUUUUACUACUUGAAACCCUUGGAGACAAAGAUCAUUCAAUAAGAGCCCUGGCACUGAGAGUGUUGCGAGAAAUCUUGAGGAACCAGCCUGCAAGAUUUAAGAACUAUGCUGAAUUGACCAUCAUGAAGACUUUGGAAGCACAUAAAGAUUCUCACAAAGAGGUUGUUAGAGCUGCUGAGGAAGCUGCUUCCACCCUGGCCAGCUCCAUCCACCCUGAGCAGUGCAUCAAAGUGCUGUGCCCCAUCAUUCAAACGGCUGACUACCCCAUCAAUCUGGCCGCUAGUGCCAUUCAAAACACCCUCACCUCUCUUGUAGAAAAGGUUAAGCUCCCUUCCUCCAUUCAGGUUGCAGUUGAUUGUGUACCAGGUUUUAUUCAGGGCUACGACAAUACAGAAAGCAGCGUUCGGAAAGCCAGUGUAUUUUGCCUUGUGGCGAUUUAUUCCGUUAUCGGUGAAGAACUGAAGCCUCACCUCGCACAGCUCACUGGGAGCAAGAUGAAGCUCCUCAACUUGUACAUAAAGAGGGCCCAAACUACCAACAGCAACAGCAGCUCAUCUUCAGAUGUUUCCACACACAGUUAAUGGAGAUCUUUGGACGUACUUGUAGACAUAGAAACAAUCAGCUGUGCCUCUCAGAGACCCUUCCCCCUCAUCAGCACACUCCACCUGCUGAUGGAGGCCACGCAGAUAUUUGUUGCAAUCAGUAUUUCCAGUCCUCUAAGGCUCUUCAUUGUCGGAUAUUCUCUGUAUUGAAUGUAAAGGAAGCAAGGCCUGGGUUGCAGUCUUCACACAAAACAGCAGUAGAAAGCCAUAUGUAAAUGUUGCAGCUGACCCACUAGCAUUUCUGAGUCCUGGUAGGUUUCUGUAGUUACACAGUUCUUUGACACUUGAAUCAUUGAUAACCGAAUUUGGUUUUGUGCCUGGCUGUUUACUCGUCUUCAUGAUUUGCAUUUGGUUUAAACCUUCAUUUUUGACUAGUUUCUCCAGUUCUCCCAGUUUCUGUGAUGUGUUAUAGUUUUAAAACUGGGGUUAAAAAUUGGAAUGAUCUAGCUGUUCUCCAGAGAAACCUGUACAGACGACAAGAUCAAACCAGGCUUUAAAAAAAUAAUAAUAAUAAUAAUACCAGCACUUGAUGGACCUAGGUCAGGAGUUUCAGCGAAUUUGUAAUGGUGCUGCCAUUAAGAGGCAGACACAGAUCUAGUGUAAUUAUAGCUAUUUUAAGACCUGCCUCUGUGUAAAUCAUUCAUUAUCUGCUUCCCCUCAGCAUGCAGUUCAGCAUUUUCAUUUUGGUUUUUUUGUCAUAUAACAGCAUGAUUUACUAAAGGAUAAGUUGGUAAGUUUUCACUUUGAAGGAAAACUAAUGUUAUUUUUGCCUGCAAUCAGCUGCCAUGCAUUUUUUU